UAUGUGUCACAGCAUUUGCUGCUAGGCUGCUAACUUUAGCUUGUGAUUUCUUUAAAAAAACCUUAUUUCCGUGUUGCUUUACGAAAUAACAAAGCAAUACAGUCGCCGUACUUAAAGAACGGCACAUGUAUGCACAAGAUACAGCAGCCAGUUUAAACAAUCAAACAGCGGGAUGCUUUGGGCUCGGAUUAAACCAACAGCGUCGGAGGGCAACUCAACGCGCUGCAUAUAACGUCAUCACGUGAGGCGCAAAGUCGUCGGUUGCUAACGUAGCACCCUCGCUACCAGUUGGCAUGCCAACAGUUUGCUGCAGUGUUUGUAGCUGCAGGAAAAGGUUGGUAACUUACCAAAAACAACUAUGAACUGGAACGACACAUAAUGGUGAAAGUAGUCCCUUGUACACUCCCGUUCUCAUGACACCAACAAGGAGACAUGGGCAUCCUAAGACUGGCAGUCAGAAUCAUGGGUAGGAUCAGUACUUUCAGGUCCUAUCAGUUUGUGCUUCUCCUGGCUGCUGCACUUGCUGUUGUAGCUUUUUACUAUUUUGGCUCAGAGAGGCAGAACUUCUCUAGUACCACUAAGAGGAUCAAGCAGACCCAGGCCACCCACAACGGCAACAGAAACGAUGCUGACCUAACUGUGGACACCAGGCUUUCACACCCAGCUGGAUUGGAAGAGCAAAGAGAGGAAGAUCGAGAUUGGGGAGGGGAGAGUGAGGGGUCAAGGUCCAGGAAAAGGGAGAGUGGGGACACUGAUGACCAACGCUACCACGCACUCAUGAUGUUCACCAAGGUAGACAAGAGCCGGAGCCUGCAGGACAAGUUCAGGGUGGCCAUGUUGUCUAUGGUUAAAUAUGGAGACUUCCUUGAAGAAGAGAUAUUGGUCCUUCAUUUCGUGAGCGACCAGGCCAGCAAAGAACUGGGAGAGAGGAUGCUGCAGGAGUUUCUCCUUGAUGCACCAUUUAAGUAUGAGGUGUUCUUUCAUGAUGUGGUGGCUCUCACACAGAAGCUAUUCCCUAUUGUGGAGGCCAUGCAGAAGCACUUCAGCGCUGGCUCUGGUGCUUACUACAGCGACGCCAUCUUCUUCCUGUCUGUUGCCAUGCAUCACAUCAUGCCUGAAAGCCUGACGCGCAUAGUGCAGCUUGACCUGGAUCUGAAAUACAGGACCAACAUCAGGGACCUUUUUCAAGAAUUUGACCAGUUUCCUCCAGGAGCCGUAAUAGGCAUCACCAGAGAGAUGCAGCCAGUCUACAGACAUUCGUACUGGCAGUAUCGUAAGGAGAACCCUCAGACCAGUGGCGAUCCUCCUCCUGACGGCCUCCCGGGCUUCAACAGCGGCGUGAUGUUAUUGGACCUAGGUGCCAUGAGGGACUCGGCACUCUAUAACCAAUUGUUGGAGCCUAGCAAUGUGGCCAAACUAGCAGACCAGUAUCGCUUCAGGGGCCACCUGGGGGACCAAGACUUCUUCACCAUGAUCGGCAUGGAGCAUCCUGAACUGUUUUAUUCGUUGGCCUGUGGGUGGAACCGGCAGCUUUGCUCCUGGUGGCAGGACCACGGAUACGGAGACGUGUUUCAGAUGUAUUAUCGCUGUGAAGGCCUUGUCUAUAUCUACCAUGGGAACUGUAACUCUCCUAUACCAGAUGACUGAUGUAGGCACCAGACUAAAGCUGGAACCGAAAAGGAGGCUAUGACAUCUACAAUAGAGUUUAGGGGAAAUGUUUUCCUGCUUUUUAGAUGGAAGGGAUUUUGACUUACACGGCUGUUUCUUUUUUUGACCACUAUAAAGCCAGCGUCGUCGCAGACUCUGCCCCCUGCUGGCCACGGGGCUGAUAUCAAGGUGCUACAACUAUAGCGUACAACUGUGUCAGUUUGAAAGCCCCGUGUUACAGCAAUGCAAGGAGCUGCAAUAGUUGACACACAUCUCUUUAGCUAUAGAGAAGAUGAAAUAUGGUUUACGAAGUCCAGAUCCAUUUACUUAAGACUUGGAGGAGGGGUCGAGCUGUUGUUUGUGCCCCUUGCAGUUUAGCUGAGGCCAAACACGCACAUUUCAGAAGGAGUAAAGCGGCCAGGUAGACACUGAGCCACUUUUAAGUUGUUCUUGCUGUGCUCACUGAACUGCCACCUGGAUUCAAAGAAAUGUCAACACUCAAUAUUCAGUCAGAAAAUUGUCUGAGGCGUUGCACACUUUAAUACACACAGUGAGAGUGAAGCAGCUCAAUGGCCUGCCCUUCACCAUCAGUGGAGUCAAAGAGAGGCUACCGAAGACACUUGAGAACAAACAUCGCAAAUCAAUGCGCCUCCCUUCAAUUCACCCUAAAGCUUUUUUCAGGCAUCUCUAAUCUCUAUAGCUCUAAAACACAUGGAGCCGUUGAAUCAUAGUAAAUAUUGACAAAUAACUUCCAUUCUCAGUUUCCAAUUGCACUUUACAACUUCAAAACACAAUCUUAAUCAUCAAGGGUUGUGUUGAGAUGACAGGUAGAUUUAUUUUAUUGCAUUGAUUUUUAUUUGUUUUUUGUUUUUAAGACCUCAGCAGAUUGUUGUAGUUUUUAAGUGAUUCCCACUCUUUAGGCAGCAAUUCUUCAUAGUGGUGCGUUUGAGGACCAAGAAAGGAUACUUGUUUGCUGAAGAACAUUGUAUUUUAACUAUGUUUAAAAAUGAUAAGAGGUAUCAAAUUACAUUUCUGUAUUUCCUCCUUUGAAAUUAUGGGAAAGAAAUGAAAUCAAAAAAAGUGUAAUCCAUAUGUUUCUGUUGUUUUUACCCAUCAACACAACUGUUUACAACUUGGGAAGUACUGGAGAUUCAAAGAUGGUGUGCAGUGAAAAUGGUCACGUUUGUGUAACAUGUUUUUAUGAAUGUUAAACUUUCAGACCCACAUUUCCUGUGACAGAAAUACAGUAAGCUUUGUCUCUACAUUAUUUCACAACGUCGACAUUUUGUUUCUUUUGUGUGAUCCGCAUUCCUAAAUAAAUGAUAUGAUAAUGUCA